UUCAAAUCGAAAGCAAACGUUAAACCAUCGUAGGUGAGAACAUUUAGAGACUCUUUCACAGAUCUCACUUUAAAGCCUUGUAUCAGUUUCUCAUUAUGGACAACAGAGAGAAAUUGAUGCAGGAGAAGGAACCCAGCUGUGUGUCUCUGGGGAGUAAUAAAUCAAUGGACGUUUAUCCUGAAUUCAGUGAUGAAGCAGUGACUCCUGACCCAGGUGGUUAUAGAGAUGAUCAAACAGAUCCGGAUGCUUCACAACCAGUAGAUGGUGAACUACAGAGACUCAAAGACCAGCUCAAAACCAGCAUGAAGAACAAGUAUGAAAGAUUAUUUGAAGGAUCAAAACUCCAGGAGAAUGAAACCCUCCUGAACAGAAUCUACACCCAGCUCUACAUCAUAGAGGGAGAGAGUGAAGGAGUGAAUGAAGAACAUGAGGUUUUACAGAUGGAGACAAAAACAGGACCCAACACACAAGACACUCCAAUCUACUGCAAUGAUAUCUUUAAAGCCUCACCUGAACCAGGAUCUGAGGAGAAAUUACAAAUCAAGGUUGUUCUUACUAAAGGCAUCGCUGGAAUCGGAAAAACCGUCUCUGUGCAGAAGUUCAUUCUGGACUGGGCAGAGGGAAAAGCCAAUCAGGAUGUAGAUUUCAUGUUUGUGAUUCCAUUUCGAGAGAUGAACUUGAUCCGAGAUCAUCAGUACAGUCUUCACAGACUUCUGCUGGACUUUCAUCCUGAACUUCAAGAUAUGGACCCAAAGAUUUAUGAGGAGUGUAAAGUUGUGUUCAUCUUUGAUGGUCUGGAUGAAAGCAGAAUCACACUGAUGUUUUCAGAUGCUCAGAAAGUUUGUGAUGUGAAUGAAUCUUCAUCAGUAGGGGUGUUGAUUUCAAACCUUGUCAGAGGAGAGCUGCUUCCUUCUGCUCUUAUCUGGAUCACCUCCAGACCAGCAGCAGUCAAUCAGAUCCCUCCCGAGUACAUCAACCGUCUGACAGAAAUUCAGGGAUUCACUGAGCCUCAGAAGGAGGAAUAUUUCAGAAAGAGAAUCAGUGACCAGCAUCAAGCCAGUAGAAUCAUCUCACACAUCAGAAGAGCAAGAAGCCUCCACAUCAUGUGCCACAUCCCUGUCUUCUGCUGGAUCUCAUCCACUGUGCUUCAGAAGCUCCUGGAAGAAGAUCUGAGAGCAGAAAUCCCUCAAACUCUGACUGAAAUGUACAUUUACUUUCUGCUGAUUCAGAUCAACACGAGGAACCAGAAGUAUGAAGAAAGAGAUCCAGAGAAACUCCUGAAGUACAACAGAGAAGUGAUUGUGAAACUUGCUGAAGUGGCUUUUAAACAGCUGAUGAAGGGCAAUGUGAUGUUCUAUGAAGAGGACCUGAUUGAGAGCGGCAUAGACGUCACUGAUGCCUCAGUGUAUUCUGGGAUUUGCACCGAGAUCUUUAAGGAGGAGUCUGUGAUUCAUCAGAGGAAAGUCUACAGCUUCAUUCAUCUGAGUGUUCAAGAGUUUCUUGCUGCUUUCUAUGUGUUUUACUGCUAUUUAAUAAGGAACACAAAGUCACUGUAUGAAUUCAGAUUUUAUGGAUUUGAUCAAGUCUCUAUGGAUGAUCUACUAAAAUCAGCAGUAGAUAAAACUCUGAAGAGUAAGAAUGGACACCUGGAUUUGUUCCUGCGGUUUCUGCUAGGCGUAUCAUUGGAGUCCAAUCAGAGACUCUUACAGGAUCUACUGCCACACACAGAGAACAGCUCAGAGACCAUCAAGAAAACCACAGAGUACAUUAAAGAGAAGAUCAAAGAUCCUGGUAGUAUUUAUUAUCUCUCCGCUAGUCAAUCUAUCAGUCUGUUCCUCUGUCUGCUGGAAGUGAAAGAUCAGACUCUGUCCAGAGAGAUUCAGGAGUUUGUGAAAUCAGACAAACACUCAAGGGAGAGACUCUCUCCUGCUCACUGCUCAGCAAUCUCCUACAUGCUUCAGAUGUCGGAGGAGACACUGGAUGAGCUGGACCUCAUGAAAUUCAAUACAUCAUAUGAGGGGAGAAGAAGACUGAUACCAGUUGUAAUCAACUGCAGAAAAGCUCUUUUUUCUGGCUGUAAUCUCAAUCUUCAGUGCUGUGAGAGUUUAUCAUCAGUUCUUCAAUUCUCAAACUCUGUACUGAGAGAGCUGGAUCUGAGUAACAAUAACCUGAAGGACUCAAGAAUUAAGCUGCUCACUGAUGGACUGAUGAGUCCAAACUGUCAUCUGGAGAAACUGGGUCUUUCUCAUUGUAACCUCAUUUCUCAGUGUUGUGAGAUUUUGUCAUCAUUUCUUCAGUCCUCAAACUGUAUCCUAAAAGAGCUAGAUCUGAGUAACAAUGACCUGCAAGAUUCAGGAGUAAAGUUGCUCUCUGAUAGACUGAAGAGUCCAAACUGUCAGCUGCAGAUACUGAGUCUUGCUGGCUGUAAUUUCACUGCUCAGUGUUGUGAGAGUUUGUCAUCAGCUCUUCAAUUCUCAAACUCUGCCUUAAGAGAGCUGGAUCUGAGUAACAAUGACUUGCAGGAUUCAGGAGUGAAGCUGCUCUCUGAUGGACUGAAGAGUCUAAAUUGUCAGCUGAAGAUACUGAGGUUAUCUGGCUGUAUGGUGUCAGAAGAAGGCUGUGGCUAUUUGUCUUCAGCUCUGAGAUCAAACCCCUCACACCUGAAAGAGCUGGAUCUGAGCUACAAUCACCCAGGAGAUUCAGGAGUCCAGCUUCUAAACCAGAAACUGCAGGAUCCAAACCAUACACUGCAAAUACUCAAAGUGGAUCAUGGAGGAGAGAUCAGGAUGACACCAGGACUACAAAAGUAUGCCUGCGAUCUCACACUGGAUCCAAACACGGCAAAUACACAACUCAUUCUGUCUAAUGAGAACAGGAAGGUCACCCAUGUGAAAGAUCACAUGGCGUCAUAUCCUGAUCAUCCAGAGAGAUUUGAUGAUGUUCCUCAGGUCCUGUGUGUUAAGAGUCUGACUGGACGCUGUUACUGGGAGGCUGAAUGGAGUGGAGAUGAUGCUGAAAUAUCAGUGACGUUUAAAGGAAUCAACAGGAAAGGAAAGAGAGAUGACUGUAAGUUCGGAUCCACAGACAAAUCCUGGAGUCUGUACUGUUCUGAUAACAGAUUCACGGUCUGGCACUGUAAUAACUACACUGAUAUAGGCAACAUCCAUUCAUCCUCUAAUAGAGUAGGAGUGUAUGUGGACAUGUCAGCUGGCUUUCUGUCCUUCUACAGCGUCUCUGACACACGCACACUCACACACUUACACACAUUCAACACCACAUUCACUGAACCCCUCUACGCUGGAUUCAGGCUUGAUUAUGAUUCAUCAGUUUCUCUGUGUCAGAUGAAAUAACACACACCCAUAUUUGCCAGUCCUCUUUCUAAUGUUCACAUGCACACAGUUGAAUCAGGCCUGACAUGGUUACAUUAGCAUUAAUUCAUUUUCCAUUGUCAUCUAUAAGUUAUAAAUCUAAAUCGGGCACAUAUACUGUUCUAAAUAUUUAAUUUUCACAUUAAUAAAGUUGCUUUGAUAUUAAUAUAUUAUUAAUAUAUUAAACUGAUCAUCAAAUGUAACUAAAGUAUCAUUUGAUCUGUUUCCUGAUAAACUUAUGCGUCACCGAUGUGAACUGAUGACAAUAUGAGCAAUCAUGAAUGUCAUUGAACAGAAUGAAUCAGUCUCCUGAUGGUGUGCUUUGUUUUUCUGUGUGGGAUUUAUGUUUUAAAGGAUUUAUGUUUUACAGGUUUUACUCAAUAGAAGCACUGUGCCCAGGCCUCAUAAAGGCUCUGUGUUUUUCCUUUUGAUAUUAUGUGUAUG